UCCAGGAGGAGCCCCCUCCUUCUUCUUCUCCUUCUCCUUCUUCUCCUGCUCCUUCUUCCUCUUCUUCUUCUUCCUCUUCUUCUUCUUCUUCUUCCUCUCCGCCCGGAGUUUCCUCCCUCAGACCUGCUGCACACCCGCUUGUCACGGAUCCCAGCUGUUUCUUGUAGUAUUCUGCACAUUUUGAUUUGAUCUGAUUUCGGAAGUUAGUUAUUAGAGAGCGCAUUCUGUUGCACGGGAUCUGAAACUAUGGUUGUUCUGUGUGAGCACGACGCGCAGGAAGAAGAUCUGUUUACAGUCCAGAAUCCACGCUGAGCAUUAUUCAUAGCAUUAUUAAUAUCAUACACUUUCGAAUUUUUUUUUUUUAUUGUUUUCUGUUUAAAGCGAAAGUGGAGCGCAGUCGGUCUGGGUUGUAUAAAGUGCCUGAGAAGUGCUAAGGGUUAAAGAGAGAGCCCGGGGAGGGAGAGGCAGAGUGUCCGUGUCAGCAUGGAUGAGAAGGAGCAGAGAGAGAGAGGAGACGCUGAGCGCGCGGGAGAGUCCGAGGUGAGAGCUCCGUCCCCGGGACACGCGCCUCCUCCUCCUCCUCCUCAUCCUCCUCAUCCUCCUCAUCCUCCUCCGCCGCCUCCUCACCGAGUCACCAACUUCUUCAUCGACAACAUCCUGCGCCCGGAUUUCGGACGCAGAAAGACGGAUGAAAGCAGCGCGGGACACCCGGCGGAGGUCGGACAGGUGGGACAGGUGUCCACGGAGAGCACCUCCACACCGCACACCGGCAAGAAAGCGGACCCGGUGAGCGACGACGAGCCGCUGAAGGGGCGAGGAGAAAGCAAGGAGCAGUGCCUGAGCUCGGACUCGGAGCUUUCUCAGCCCAACUCGUCCACUUUAACCCAGAGCCAGCCCAUGCUGUGGCCCGCGUGGGUUUACUGCACGCGCUACUCGGACAGACCCUCAGCAGCCACGCCCACCGCAGGUCCCCGAACCCGCAGACCAAAGAAGAAGAGCAGCAGCAAGGAAGACAAGCGGCCGCGCACCGCCUUCACUGCCGAGCAGCUGCAGCGCCUGAAGGCAGAGUUCCAGUCAAACCGCUACCUGACGGAGCAGCGACGGCAGAGCCUGGCCAACGAGCUGGGCCUUAACGAGUCGCAGAUCAAAAUCUGGUUCCAGAACAAGAGGGCCAAAAUCAAGAAGGCUUCAGGAAUCAAGAACACGCUGGCACUGCACCUGAUGGCCCAGGGCCUGUAUAACCACGCUACCACCACCAAGGAAGACAAAUCAGACAGCGACUGAGG